AUGAAAGGGAACCGCAACCCGCCACCACCGCCAUCCGGCCCCGUACCCCCCUCCCCCACCUCGAAGAAUACAGCAAAAUAUACAAACAAGGACGGGUCCAAGUUCAUCACAGUGCCAAAAAUGAACACACCCAUCGAUUCCGCCCAGCCUUCUCCUACCGCAUCCUCACUAGCUGCCAAGCCCGCAUUACCACCCGGCCCUGAGACCGAACCCCCUCAAACCGUGAAUCGCAAGAAACAGAAGCGGCGUGCAAAGGCUGCGGCCAAGGCAGCUGCCGAACGAGCCCAAAACAGCCCGGCCAUCAAUGGUCUCCCGAGCCCCUCCCCCACCAAUGACCAACAAUCUGCCGAUGCCGACCCAGAGGACGAUGAAGACGAGCCGGGCACGGGUCAUGACUCAGGAAAUCAGUCGUUGUACCUGAAUGGAGGCGCGCAUGGAGGUGCGCCUGGGAAGUCAAAAAAGAGUAAAAAGAAGAAGAAGAAGAAUGCCACAGGACCGGCUGGGGGGUUUCCAAACAACAACCCGUACGCACAAGACGAUCGCGAUCACUCACCUGAACCAAUUCUUCCUCCGCCUCCUCCACAGCAGAACCGUCCCGGCAUGUCGAGGGAGAAGAUAUGGAACACGAAUUCGCAAGAGGAGCGUGAGCGCAUCAAAGAGUUCUGGUUAGGGCUGAGUGAGGCGGAGCGCAAGUCUUUGGUCAAAGUCGAAAAGGACGCCGUUCUGAAAAAGAUGAAGGAACAGCAGAAGCAUACUUGCAGUUGCACUGUGUGUGGACGGAAGCGGACCGCCAUCGAAGAGGAACUGGAAGGUCUUUACGACGCCUACUAUGAGGAGCUGGAACAAUAUGCGAACCACCCUAACCAAGGCGAAGGUCCACCGAUGUUGCGUCCCCGCAGAUCCUUUGGCUCAAUGGGCGGGAUGCGACCCCGCGGCCUCCACUCACGAUUCUCCAACCAUCAACCGUCCCGUGGGCGCAUUGUGGACGAGUUGGAAGGGGACGAAGAGGAGGAGGAGGUUGAGGCUGAGGCCGAGGACGACGGUGAAGGGGAUGAAGAGGGCGAGGAUGUCUAUAGUGAGGAUGAGCUGGAAGACGACAUGUACAGCGAAGAAGAGCAAGAGCCCUCGGAAGAACUGCACCGAUCCGACUACGCCGCCGAUUUCUUCAAUUUCGGGAAUAGCCUGACUGUGCAGGGUAGGGACAGACUCCCCAUUCUUCCAUCAUUCUUACAGAAUUAUCCCUUCUCGGGGACUGGCAAUAACGCUUAUGGCUCAUCUUCUCUAGGCGGCAUCUUGACGGUGGCCGACGACCUGCUCAAGAAUGACGGCAAGAAGUUCAUCGAAAUGAUGGAACAACUCGCGGAGCGCCGCAUGGCUCGUGAAGAGGAUGCCAGGGGGCAGUUUGAGCGGGCUUACGACCACCCAAAUGGCGAGCGUUAUGUGCACAGUCAUCCGCCGCCACCCGACGAGGAAGAAUUUGAGGACGAGGAGGAAGAAUACGAGGAAGAUGACGAGGAGGAAUAUAACAGCCCGGACGAAGAGGACACCAUGACGGAGGAACAACGUAUGGAGGAAGGCAGGAGGAUGUUUCAGAUCUUUGCCGCGAGGAUGUUCGAGCAAAGAGUGCUUACAGCCUACCGCGAAAAGGUCGCCAAGGAACGUCAGGCGAAGCUCUUGGAGGAAAUCGAGGCCGAAAAUCAACAAGACGCGCAGCGAAAAGCCAAGAAAGCCAAGGACGCGCAGCGACGCAAAGACAGGGCCGCCAAGAAAAAGGAGGCCCAGGCCGAAGAGAAGGCUCGGAGAGAGGCCGAGAAGGCCGCCGAGGAAGCGGCACGCCGAGCUGAAGAAGCCCGCAAGGCGGAGGAGCAACGGGCCAAGGCCGAAGAGAAGCGGAAGAAGAAGGAGGCCCAACGAAAGGCAGAGGAGGAGGAGCGACAACGGAAGGAGGCGGAGCGCCUACGCAAAAUCCAAGACCGUGAAGAAGCCGAGCGCAAGGCUCGAGAAGCCAGAGAACGGGAAAAGAAGACCCGUGAGGAGGCACGCUUAAGGGAGAAAGAAGCCCGCGAGCAAAAAGAACGCAAAGAUCGGGAGAGGAGAGAGCAACAGGAGCGGGAGCGGCGGGAAAAGGAGGCAAAGGCAAAGGCGGAGCGGGAAGCGAAGGAGGCUAAAGAAGCUAAGGAGGCUAAGGAGGGGAAAGACACAAAGGAAAGGCGGAAAAAGGAGGAGAGGGCCGCGCAUAAGGCCGCAGCCCUCGCACCCGCGAUUCCGGUACCCAUUACGCUUCCAAAACGGUCCGCUACCCAGCAACCUCCAGCGCCGCCGGUAGCCCCGGUACCAGUGCUGCCGCAGCAGUCAACCUCUUACGCCUCGCCGAAAGUUCCCGUGGCCACGCCAGCCCUUCCCAAGGCGCCGACGCCUAUGCGGGCGCGCCAGACAUCGCAACAAGAUGGCUCAACAGCUUCCUCGGGUGCUGCCUCCAACUCCGGCUCUAUGGCUAGCCAAAACCCAUCCCCUCACCCGAUCACACCAGUACAUGCUAGCCCCGGGUUGAUGGCGCCUCCGAGCAAGUCCGGCGUUAUGGGUAUCGGUUCGCAAGGCAGUGCCCAGCCGCCGUCACACUCGGCGUCUCCUAUGAGCUUCCCAGCCAAAUUGCUCCCUCCGCAGCACAGCCCGUUUGGCAUCCCUCCAAUGGGCAGUGCUAUGUCUUAUCCUCCUCCAGGCCUGUCCCAGAUGCCGCUUGGUUUUGCUAAUCCCCUCCAUCGCGAACCCUUGUUCCCUCCUAUGCCUGGGUUCAGGCCGGCGUCAGGAAUGAUGCCGAUGCCGCCUGGACUGAACGGGCCGGGCGUGAAUCGAGGGUUUCCUCUGCAUCCGCCUCCAGGUUUCCUCGGCGGGCCUAUGGAGUCUCCGGCGCCGAGCAUGGCCCAAGCGAUGUCCCCGGGUUUACAAAGAGACAACCAGUCUCCUCAUUCACGCCAAGGUUCGGGAAGCUUCGACCCAUCGCAACCAAUUAGCCGGCCCACGCCGAUUGGGAGGCCAGCCAGCGUCGUCCAAGGCCAACGGCCUUCGAACUGGUCGCCGUCUAGUGGGCCACCGAAACCAGAGCCGGAGGCGCAUCUAGGAAGUCGUGCACUUCUGGAUGACCUAGACGAUGGGCCACAGGACUUCCCAGGCCGUCUCUCCCGGGGUGGUUCGGCACCAGGCCCCCGCCCGGCCCCAGGAUUCCCGAUGCCACCAUUCGGGAUGGAUCCUAUGUUCUCACAUAACCCGUGGGCUCCUCCAGGUGUAGUACAGCCCAACCUCUUCGGCCCUCAUCCACCUCCAAGUUUUAGCCCACUUAGCGCCCAUACCCCGAUGGGCAUGCCCUGGGGCCACGCAAUGCCGUCGGCAUCGACAUUUGGGACACCGGGCGCCGUCGACCGGCCUAUCGAGCCGCGGUCGGUGGCUGUGCGGAAAAUGCUUCGCCGCGCGUGCGAAGACCUUGCGAAUGCCGGCAGCGCCGAGGGCCGCGAUUCCUUCAUCCCAUUGGAGAUGAUCAAGGUGCAGGUCGAGAAUUUCAACCACGGGUAUCCUAUCGACGAGAAGGACCUUCUCGAUAUCUGCGAGACCGAGGGCAACGAGGUCAACGGUGGCGGCAGCUUUGACGUAGUCAACGAUGGCCAAGGUGGCAGGUCGAUCAGAUUCGUGUCGGGGGACCAGCGGACGGCGCCGCAGCCAGUCCAACUAGCGGUCGGUUACAACCCCGGGAGUCCGAUCGGCGGGGGUCGCUAG